AUGGCGAAAAAGAACCACAACAAGGACGAGCCGGCGCCCAAACCCGUCACCGACUCGCGGUUUAAAGCCGUCCACAAUGACCCGCGGUUCAGAUUGCCCCUGUCGCGCCACAUGAAGGUGAAAGUCGACGAGCGGUUUCUGAAAAAGGAGCUCGAAAAGCUCAACGCGCUGUCCCGAGGCGCCAAAAUUGACCGUUACGGGCGUAAGCUCAAGGAGAAGAACGUAAGAGAUGACCUCAAAAAGUUCUACGAGAUGUCUGACAGCGAGGAAAGUGAAGAUAGUGGUUCUGAAGGAGACUCGGAAAAUGACGCUGAAACCGACGCCAUUGACGACGACGCCGUGGCAGCGGAACUUAAACGGUUAGAUAAGCUUGCCGAAGCUAAAGAAGCCCAUUCGCUGGCGCUGGAAGCUGAGACUUCAUCAUCGCUGGAACUGGAAGGGUCACGUGACUCGGACCUCGACUCCGACCUGCUGGAAAGUGACUCCGACCUGGACUCCGAUCUGGAUGACUCCGACUCAUCGGCGGAGCUGGACCUUGAAAUCGAGGAAACCAAGCCCGAUGAAGGCGAACCGACGAAACGAUUUGCUGCCGUCAACAUGGACUUCGACAAUAUCCGCGCCGUCGACUUAUUCGCCCUGUUCCAGCUGUUUGUCGAGGCGGGAGACAUCGUGCUGGUGACGAUCUACCCGUCCCAAUACGGUAAGGAACAGAUGGCCAGAGAAGAAAGAGAAGGGCCCCCUAAAGACCUUUUCAAAAGUAAAAAGAAAAAGAAAGCCGCCGACUCUGAUUCCGAUGCGUCGGACGUGGAAAUUGACGUCAAUGACCCUGAAGCCCUCGCCAGAGCCGCGAAGAAAUUAUACGCCGAUGCCGAGGAUAAAGACCUGGGCGACUACGACUCGCGUGCUCUUAGACGCUACCAGCUCCAGAGAUUACGAUAUUACUAUGCCGUAGUCGAGUGUCGCCUGGUGAAAGCGGCCAAGACCAUUUACUCAAAUUGCGAUGGCUCCGAGUACGAGCUGACGGCCAACGUGUUUGACUUGCGCUACAUCCCUGACGACAUGGAUUUCGACGAAGAUGAGCCUAAAGACCAGUGCUUUGAAGUUCCCGCACGGUAUAAGCCGCUGCUGGAGUUUGUUACCGAUGCCCUCACUCACUCCAAGGCCAAGCUCACGUGGGACGAGACACCGAGAGAACGGCUUGCUCUUGCGCAAAAGGCGUUUAGUCAGAAGGAAGUGGAGGAUAUGGACUUGAAGGCGUACUUGGCCCUGGGCCUGGACCUGGAAGAUGGUAGCGAUAAGGAAGCGAAGGCGGACGCUAACAAGUAUAAGCUGUUGCUCGGCGGUUUCAAGCUGAAAUUUGGAAAAGCUGAUGGAGCCAACGAAGACGAAGAUGAUGUGGACAUGGAGAUCACUUUCAACCCCGGUCUUGACGUAGCGGCGGCGGAAGCGGAAGCUAAGCGCGUUGAGGAAGAACUGACGAUUGCCGCUUAUAAACGUAAGGAAAAGGAACGCAGACAAGCAAGACUCGAGAGAGCUAAGGCGAGAAAGGCCGCAGAAAAGGCCGCCGCUGAAGAGAACGCCGAUCAAGAGGACCUGGCUGUCGCCUCCAAGGGCGAGCUUGAGUUGUUGACGAUGGACGACGACGCCGACAAUAAGCACUUCACGAUGAAGGACGUGCUCAAGGCGGAGAAGGCCAAGAAGGGGAAGAAGAAGAACAAGCGGAAACACGGCGACGACGACGCUGCUCAACAGGUAGUGGAGCUGUUUAAGGCCGACCUCGACGACGACCGGUUCCGCGAAGUGUUUGAGUCGCACGACUACGCCAUUGACCCUACCAAUACCGAGUAUAAGCAGACGCUGACGAUGAAACAGAUCUUGGAGGAACGAGGCAAGCGUAAGAAGCGGAAGCAUGAUAAAACUAUUGAAGGUAGUGGCAAGGACGGCAAGCUGGAGGUGGAGUCGCUCGUGUCCAAGUUGAAGCGCAAGCACGGAAAGAAGCAGUAA